GAAUGUCAUAUUAUUUUAAAGUAAUCCACAAAAAUUCUUGUUAGAUUACAUUUUGUAAAGAUAAUUUUAUUAAUGAUAUAUAUUAGCAAAACUUCCACAGCGUAACACUUCAAAGCAAUCGGACUCAGACUUGGUUAUAUGAUAUAUUUUAUGAACAAUAAUUUACAAUAAUGUUAGUUGUUCAUGGGGCUUAGAAAAAAUAUAUCAGUCAAUGGAAAGCUUUCCUAGAAAAAGGACCCUUUUCAAAUUUUGUUUUUAUUGUUUUUAAUAUGAGAAGCGCCUUACCAUUAUAUUCAAUUACUUUCUAUAAUCAUACCUGGAACUCCAUUCAUGCAUAUACGAGUUAAACCUUUUAAGAUUGCUGCUUAAAUUAAAAAAAAGAAAAAGAAAGAAAGUACAACACCUUUAUGUGAAGAAUCUGGUGCUGCUUUAAUCAACGAAAUACCUUUAAGAACAGACUAUUAGCAGGUGGGGGUGGACGUUGACACUGGAAUAAACAUUAAUUCUCAAAUUUACGUCCAACAAGGUAAUUAUUUAAUUUAGAUGUUAAAUAUUUGUCAUGUUAAGUGCCAUCGUGUUUUGUACAAGACAAAUAAGAAUUUAUGACAAAUUACAUAUCUGAUUAAUCCAGAAUCCCCCUACUCAUCAGUGAAAUGCAGUGGUCUGUUGUUGCUCAACGUUUUCCGUCACCAUCCUUCCUGGCUGGAUAUUCUGAAGCGGAUUUCUCACUCAUCGAAAUGGAUUGAACGGACAUUAACUGCUAUGUCUCACAUGGCAGGACUGCGGAAAAGGAGUUUAUAUGACGGUUACAUGAGAGGAAUAAACCUUUGUCCCGGGCGUCAACAGAACAGAGAGAAAGGAGUGAAGGUGUGCAGUGACCAUGAAGGCUGUAUUUCCCUUCCUUCUCACCACAGCUGGUCAGCUGCCAUGGUUGAUUCUGACUCUGUUUACAUCAUGGAUGGUCAUGUCUUCAGCAGAUACAAAGCAGACAAGAUGGCCAUUAUAUUCCCAGAAGCCAGUUAUUCUUGUCUGGAAUGCCCCAACACAGGAGUGUGGGACAAGACAUGGUGUUACUUUAUCUUUGGACCAGUUUGACAUCGUAGCAACACCCAAUGAGGGCUUUGUCCGACAGAAUCUCACAAUGUUCUACAAGGAACGCCUUGGGUUGUAUCCCUAUUAUGAGCAUGGGGACACUGCAGUGAAUGGAGGCCUUCCGCAGCUUGCCAGCCUCGUUCAGCACUAUGAAAAGAUGCCCGAAGGUCUGCAGAAAUACAUAAGAGAGCCCCAGGCAAAAGGUUUGUCUGUUAUUGACUGGGAGGAGUGGCGCCCAUUGUGGAUUCGAAAUUGGGAUACUAAAGAUAUCUAUAGACGAAAAUCACGUGAAUUGUUGGCCAAAAAGAACCCUGAAUGGACUCCAGAACGAGUGGGAGAAAUUGCACAACAAGAAUUUGAGCAAUCGGCUCAAAAAUUCAUGCUGGAAACUCUGAAGCUUGCAAAGAAUCUGAGACCCAAUCAACUAUGGGGCUUCUACUUGUUUCCAGAUUGCUACAACCAUGACUACAAAGCUGGUCUGAAAAACUAUACAGGUCACUGUCCCGCUGUGGAGAUGGGCCGCAACGAUAAACUUAACUGGUUAUGGAUGGAAUGUACAGCAUUUUUCCCAUCAAUCUACAUGGGAUCUGUACUUCGCUCUUCAAUUUAUGGGCGCCUGUUUGUCCGAAACAGGGUGAAAGAAGCGAUGCGCUUGGCAUCUGUUGGGGAUGGGUUAGCACGUCCUGUUUUUGUUUAUACCCGGCCUACUUACAACAGUCAGAUGACCCUCCUAACUGAGACAGAUUUGGUCUCCACCAUUGGUGAGAGUGUUGCACUUGGCGCUGCAGGUGUCAUCUUCUGGGGGGACACUUCCUAUGCAAGCAAUACCAGCUGCUCCACCCUGAAAAAAUAUCUUCUAGGACAACUGGGUCAGUACCUCCUCAAUGUGUCCACAGCAGCAGAGCAGUGCAGCCAGGCGCUGUGUAAAUCCCAUGGCCGUUGUCUUCGGCGAGUACCAGACAGUGAUGUAUAUCUGCAUCUCAGCCCUUCAACUCAUAGGAUAACAAGUCAGAGUGGUCAUUUAAAGGUUGCAGGAGCACCUGGCCAGGCCGAGCUGGACGUUUUCCGCACACAUUUCCAGUGCCAAUGCUACAGUGGGUACAGGGGCAAUGGGUGCGAGCAGAAAGAAAAAGGGCAGAAUAGAGCCUCCUCUGUUUUAGGAACCUGGCCUCUCUGCCUUUUACUCCCACUUUUACUCCUGUCUCUCCUUCAAUGAGGAAAACUGUGAAGCUUAAGCUCUUCAGGCAGCACAAAACGGAAAGUUCAGACUUUUUGACAUAAAGUUGGUAAGUUACUGUGUUGAAGCAUUAACAGCUUGUUGUGAGGGGUAGAAUUAGAUUCACUAGGUUGACAAAAGGUGUUCAUUAAAUCAUAUCCUUUGUGUCAAAAAUAAAAGCUUAAUCUGACAGGUCUCUGUCAACUUAACCAAGAUGAGCUGAUAUUGAACCACACUAUGUUGAACAGGACUGCUUUGAAACUAUCUCCACAAGACACGGCGUUUUUUGUAUUUAAUUUUUAUGGUGUACACAACAACAGAACAAAAUGAGCCAAAACAAAACUGGAAGGAUGCAUUUGAUGCCAAACUGCAUAUAACAGGGUUCUUUACGGGUUCUGACAGAAGUUUUUCGAAAGAAUAGAAUAGAACUUUAUUGUCAUUGCAACAAAGUACAAUGAAAUUACAACAAAAUUUCCUUCCUGUUAAAAUGGAAUUUAUUUUCCUUUCCACUGUUGCCCGCUGCCCCGUGCAUGCUCAGGAUCUGCGACUGAAAGUCAAAAUUUGAUGUAAUCUGUUUGUUUUCCUUAGCUAGGCUGUUGUUUAUUCAGAAUUGGCUUGUAUGGAUACUGACUGGAUGACAGUGAAUUGGCUCAAAGUAACUUGUCUGUAAAGUGCCCUGAGAUGACGACGUUGUGAAUUAAAGACCUAAAGCUGAAUUGACUUCACCUCAUGUCCUUGAGGGCCACUGCCCUGCAGGUUUUUGUUAUUUCCCUGCUUUUACAAACCCGAUUCAAAUGAAGCGGAUCUUCUUAACACCUUAACGCCUAUUGAUAAGUCAUCCAUUUGGCCAGGUGAUUGCAAAUGAUUGGCCCUCAAGGACCAGAGUUAAAGAACCUUUGCAUUUACACCAAUAGCUGAAUGUAGCAUUAUAGUGUGAAUGUUUGAUGGAUUCUCUUGUAAAGUCUGAUAGAACUUUUUGAAUGAAAUAUUAACAGUGAUUCAUGCCAGAAGAUGAUAGAUCACAGUCUUAUCCUUUGCUUACAGAAGCAGCGUAGCUGGACCUGCCUGUUUCAAUUCAAAAUGUGCCUUAAGAGGGCUACAAAGUGCUCUUAUAGUUGUAUUUGUUUACAUUUUUUUCAGUAGUGCUUUGUUCAGUAUUUUGCACUGAUCCUAUUGCCAUAAUGCCUAUGAGUUUUUUUGUAUUAAAUAAAUUGUAGAUGAAUGGGAAAUUAUGGACACAACAGUAAAGACCAAUGGAAACAACAAAUAUUUAUUCAGUGAUUAAUGCUGAUGAUAUUAUCUAAUUAACUUUGAUUUUACUGUGAUAACAAGUCAUGCCAAAAUUUUUCAUUAUUGGUAUUCAGGUAUUAUCUCUUCUAUUGUAAUUUUACUUUUCUUGAAAAUAUACUGGCCUUUUAAAUGUACAAAUAUUUGAUCUAAAUGAUCAAAUCUCAUUUCUGCUUGUCACAAAUGUAUUGGAAAUUUUAAUAUAGAAAUGUCAGUUUGUAAGCCAUUAAAUUUUACUCCUGUCUUGGCAUCUUUUGAACCAUAAUGUAGGGUUUGUGUUAAAAACGUAUUAACUGACUGAAAAAUAUCAACUCUAUAAGCGCAGAAAUCUAAUAUUUCUUUGGGCUUCAUUCACAUUUGAGUAUAUUUGUGUCUAUUUUACAUCAAGUCACUGCAGCUUGUGUGAGACUUUCUGCUGGUGUGCUGAUAGCAACUACUGUAGGUACAUGUUUGGAAUAGUUUUGUUGCUCUUGUAUUUGCUAUUCCAUAGCUACCUGAGUAGUUUCAUAUUUAUACUGUACUGUAUAUUUAGUUAAUUAAUAUGAAUUGUGAUGUCAGUUAUUCAUAGUUUCUACUGUUUUUUUCUUUUAACUAACUAAAAAAGCAGACAAAGGCUCAGAUAAUAUUAGCAUAGGAUGUCAUAUAUUAGUUUUUUUUUCUUUAUUUUGCACUUUAAUCUUUUUUUUCUCAUGUUGAAUUUGUUUUCAUUACAUAUUGGUACGUAAUGAAAGAUAAAAUUUUGUUUUGUUUCCUAGGGAGAAAAAAAGCCUAUAUGCAUAUUGUCAGUUCAUUAUAGUAUAAUAGUGGUUUUCCCAUGUAUUGUGCCAAGGUACAGAUAUGUUUCACUAUGAACCUUAUAAAAAAGAGAGCGAUAAAUGGGUAUUUAUAUGGUUGUUAUGCCUUCUCUUUUUUCCUUGUAUCAGGUAUCAUGCUUAAAGUUUGUAGCUGAAUAUCAGCAAAGUUAACAGAACUGAUCAUAACAGAUUAAAAUCUAGGGAAAAAAGACUGAUGUUAAUUGCACAACUUUCCUUAGUUUGGUCUUAGUAUCUUUAUUUCUGUACCAUCCUAUCUUUAGAAACAGUUUUAAAUAUUGAUAUGUCUUCCAGUUAAUUUAAAAACCUUAUUUUGCCAAAAACAGUUUGUCCAUCCACCCAUUUUCAAUACCUGCUCAUUCCAAUGCAGGUGGCUGCAGAUGGCUGGUCACUAGGACAGAGGCAGGGUAAAGCCUGGACAGGUUGCCAUUCCAUUGCAGAUUAACUGUCAUUGUUUCAAACCAUAUCUGCCAAAGUUAAUGAGGUUCUGUAACUUAAACAUUUCAUAUGCAAUUAUUACAGUGGAGAACUGCAAUAUUAAAAUUCCUUUUU